AUGAGAUUACUGCGUGAAAUAGCAGAAUUACAAGAAUCUGUUGAUCAACUUGUCAAUCAGCUAACUGACAUACAAUCAGCUCAUCAAGAAUUGUUGCGUAUAAAAAGUCAUCUAGAAUUAGAUUUAUCAAUUAAAACAAACAGUCUGUACAUUGAUCGUGAAAAGUGUUUAGGCUUGCGUAAAACAUUUCCAAUGAAUCCUACACUGAUAGCACCAACAUAA